CGCGGGUAACGUCAUGUGCUUCAGUGAGUCUUAACUUGGCACUGGCUGCAGCCGUAAAGGGCUUUGGUUCUGUUUGUAUUAUACUGAAUCCUGAUCAAGUAAAAACCUUUGAAGAAAUGUUAGAAUUAUACAGCCUUGAAUAAUUUACUUUAGAAAAUGCAAUUUUUCCAAUCGACCUCUUAGAUAAGGAAGAAUUUGCCUUAUCUCAUUCGAAUAGAUGAAAGUGAACAGUGCCAGAAUUGGCUCCUGUCGUGAUUUCUGAUUCAGUUCGCAUUAGCAAGGGCCAGGAAUUUCUCAAAUCAAGUAAGACUAUGAUCUUGUUAACAAGAAAAGCCUGCACUACGUCCCGAUGGGAAAUGUAUCUUUCUAUUUAUCACUUAGUUAUAUCAAUUUUGGCUUUCUUAAUCACGCUUACCCUAGGACGGAGCACCCCUUUACAAGGAUUGGAAGAAACCCCAUUGAUUCAUACUAAUAAAGGUUUAGUACGAGGGAAAACAGUAAAAACAGUCACUGACAAACUGGUCGAUGUCUAUUUGGGCAUUCCUUAUGCGAAGCCUCCUGUUGGUGAAUAUAGAUUUCGAUAUCCAAAGCCAAUAGAUCCAUGGAAAGGCAUUUUUAAUGCUACCGAGAAACCUAAAACAUGCUUUCAGAUCAGUGAUACUUUUUUUGGAAAUUUUUCGGGUUCAAAAAUGUGGGAUCCAAAUACUCCUUUAAGUGAAGAUUGUUUAAAGUUAAAUGUUUGGGUGCCCCACCAGAAACCGACGAAGGCUGCUGUUCUGGUGUGGAUAUUUGGUGGGGGUUACUACAGCGGAACUUCCACUCUCAACGUAUACGACGCUAAAAUAUUGUCCACUGAAGAACAAAUGAUAGUUGUUUCAAUGAAUUACAGAGUGGCUUCUUUGGGAUUCUUGUUUUUCGGUCGCUCAGAUGUACCUGGCAAUGCUGGAUUAUUCGACCAACUGAUGGCUCUAGAAUGGGUGCACGAUAACAUCGCUGCCUUCGGAGGCGACCCAAACAACAUCACGUUGUUCGGUGAGAGUGCUGGAGCUGCAAGCGUAGGCCUCCAUCUCUUAUCUCCACUUAGUAGGAACCUUUUCAACCGAGCCAUCUUACAAAGUGGCUCAGCAACAUCUCCAUGGGCUAUCAUUGAUCAUAAGGAAUCUGAGAAACGUGGGCUUCGCUUGGCUGAAGCUGUCAAAUGCCCACAUGAUCCCCAAGACUUAGAUGCAGUUGUUAAUUGUCUCCGAAAUGUAGAUCCUAUGGAUCUUGUUGUGAAUGAAUCAGGCAAUUCGGGAGUUAUUGAUUUCCCUUUUGUUCCAGUUGUUGAUGGGGCUUUCAUUGACGAGCAUCCGACUGUGUCGCUGGCUACCAAGAACUUUAAAAAAACUAAUGUUCUCCUGGGAAGCAAUUCAGAAGAAGGAACUUACUGGAUCAUUUACUAUCUGACAGAACUUUUCAAGAAGGAUGAGGAUGUCUAUCUAACUAGAGAGGAUUUUACAAACUCAGUGAAAGAGUUAAACCCUUAUAUAGGAGAAGAAGCACAACAAGCCAUUAUUUUUCAAUAUACUGAUUGGCUGAAUCCAAACAGCUCCAUUCACAUUCGAGAUGCUAUUGAUAAGAUCGUAGGAGAUUAUCACUUUACUUGUAGCGUGAAUGAAUUUGCCCAUCAUUAUGCUAAAGCUGGGAAUGAGGUUUAUAUGUACUACUUCAUCCACCGAUCUUCUGUUAACCCCUGGCCGCGAUGGAUGGGCGUGAUGCAUGGAGAUGAGAUAAACUUUGUCUUUGGUGAGCCUCUUAACCCAUCCUUAAGAUAUACGAAGGAAGAAGUACUCUUAUCCAAGAAAAUUAUGAGAUACUGGGCUAAUUUUGCUAAAUCAGGAAAUCCUAACACGGAAAACGCUGGAACUAGGGACGAAGCUUAUUGGGUCACUCGAACCGAAGGUGGGAAGGAGUACUUGACCCUGAGUGUGCAGUCUCCUAAAAUUAACCGGGGGCCACGAGCAGAAUACUGCGCUUUCUGGCAGCACUACCUACCUCAGUUAAUGAAUAAUACAGGCUCACUUGCCAAUUCAAGUUCAGAGUGUGUCAACAGCGCAGAUACUAGCGGGGAAUUCUCACGUCUUCUUCUUCUUGCUACUUUUGCUAUUCCUAUUCUCAUUCGACUCUUCCACGACAAUUAGAAACUUUGCAGUAGCUUCACUCCCUUCAUAAGCUAGCCAUUCACCUCGUCUCGCUUCCUUUGAUAACAUCAUAUUAAACCAUAGCUAGAACCUUAAUAGGAAGGACUGGAGGUAGCCAUUUUCCUCGUAACCCACGUUGGUUUACCAACUUUUCUUUUUUCUCUGCAACAGUGUGGCCAAAAGGAAAUUUCAAGAGUGGAAAGCAUUUUUGCGAAACACAAUCAAUUAUGCUAUAGCCAAAUCUUUUUUUUACACACAAUUUUAUAAGAUUAUGAAUUAGCAAAAAUGUAAAAUAUGUUAAUUAUAGAUUUCAUAUAUUAUUUUAUAGAUGGUUGAGUUUUAACCCUGGUUUGGGUGUUCAUACACUAGCUAUAAUUUACUCAGAAACAAAUGGAACAAUAACAUCAAAGAAUGAAGUUUUGUGUCAAUAAUAGAUAAGAAAUAAAUAUCAGUAAAAAUAUGCAACUAUUUUGUCUACCGAGAAUACAGAGUACCACCAAUGACUGACUAUAGGUUGUGCUUUGUGUUUCGGAGACGUGUAACUAGAGUUGUGUUUACCUAAACAAUCCUCAUAUUUUAGGACGAUGGGCAUCAUUUAGGGUUGUGAAAGUACUCGUACUGUUGAAGGGUGUAAAUGUACGUUUCUAUACAUAGAAGUUUGUAUAUUUUAGUUUAUUUCAUUUACUCUUCUAAGCAAAAACCAAUAUAAUAAUCACACACACAGGAUCUUUCAACUCUAACAUUUUAAAGAAUUCUGUAGUUUUGCAUGUUCAUCCUUCAAGCAAACACUUUCCUGUAAUCUGGAGCGUUAUUUGACCGCUUAGCUCAAACUGUAUAUUACUCUUGAGCUCCUGACUGUUGUGGGUUUGUUCCUCAAGUUCAAGAGUUUUGUGAAAGUACAUAAACGUAUUCGAAGAUAUGAUAUUUGUCACUUUUGUCGGAAAGACCCCAAGUUGUUGGAAUUUUGUAGCAAACAAGAUGCCGUAUUGUUGGACAGUGGUCUAAACACGUCAUUUUAAAUAUGAUUAAAGUUAAGCCUUAUUUUAAUUAUCAUAAUUGACUCACUGUCAUUUCUUGGUAGUUUUAAAUAAUUUGAAAGUCCUAGAUUUUUCUAAGUCUUACCUAUAAAAUGCCUACGUACCAAGCUAAUAUUUUCUACCUUGAAUUUAGAAUUUAUCUCUACACUAAUUAGUUUUCUAUGGUAAGUAAAUCAUUUCUUUCCUAUUUCACUUGUCGAAAUGAUCUUUAAAAUGUACUAGAUAAUGUUUAUAACUUUUAAGCGGAACAAAUGUAAAUAAACUUAAACUUAACACAAUAGAAUACUAGACACCAGUUCUUAGUUGUAUAUUUUCUUGAUCUAUUACUUUCCCAUAGACUUUUAUUUUACUUUAAAAUAAACUUUCUGAAGGCUUUAUUCAUCUCUAAACAAACGGAAAUUAUUCUCAUAGUUAAAUAGGAAAUAAUCAUUUUCUUAGCCAUUUCUUUUUGUUUGCUUAAAAAACAGAAACAGUAUAACAAAUAAUGUAAAGAAAAACAAUUAAAUGAUCUUUAUUAUAAUUUAAACAGAGUGACAAAACACAUCAGGGCCAGCUCUGAUCGUGUACUGAAAUGACGCUGCAUGGAACCUUAGGACUAGCCAAUGCGUUUUAUAUGCUGGAAUUAAGUUUUAAAAAUUCAAAAAGCUUCUGGAAUAUUCUCAGUAUACUGAAUAUUUCUAACGUAGUAUUUAUUUCCUAAAGUCCCAACCUAAAGGUUCUCAAAAAACCUGGAACUGACCCUAACCUACAAACACAAUUGCUUCAGAGGUUGUCGUAAAGAGGUUAAGAGUGCGGAAAAUACCAAAGAGUAAUAUGAAAUAUAUUAGCUUAAUUCGACUAAUAUAAACGAUAGAGCACGCGGUUGGAACUGGCUUCCAGCAACUCAGCUAAUCAGACAAAUUUCAACCAACAGUCGAUGGAUCCACAAGAAAAGAAUACCCUAACACUGUAAAACAAAUAUCAGAAGAGAAAACAAAAGUGACAACGGCACGAUGACCAUAUCUAUAAUAAGAUGAAAUUAAGUUUAAAGUAACUCGUGAUGGUCAGAGCAAGAAAAGAAUCUCAAAAUAGUUUGUAGAGUGAUGAAUUAAAAAUAAAUUAUAAUUGUUAAAAAGAAAGCAAUCGAUAUGGUUGACUAAGAGAAACGUGUAAAUAGACUGGGAUAAACAAGAUAGGUUAUGUGAAAGAAUAGAAACCAGAAAAUAAGACAUUUUUAAAUUAGUUUCGUUGUUUGUGUUUAAUCUCAAAGCUGUAGAAUGGGCUAUCUGUGUACAUAGUGGGUAUUGAAUCCCAAUGUUUAACGUUAUAAGCCCUCAAGCUUACCGCUGAACCACCGGCGUCUUUUAAAUAAAAAACGUGUAAAGUUGAGAAAUGAGUGUAAUAGGCUUACCUUUGCAAGGACAUCCUGAUCGUUUCUGAAUAACGAUUGCACUGGGGUGAUAUAAAAUAACAAACUGACAUGUUUCAUUUGUAACAUUCCUAUAAGACUGUUACAAGGAGGAGAAAAUGUAAGAUUUUAAAAAGUUCGGAGACAUUCAUUGUGAGAGCUAGAAAUGCCGUUUUAUACAAAUGUAGGUAAGUGGGUUUGUCGACCGUAUUUUUUGUCUCCUAUAUCUGCACCCUUUUCUAAUUUAAAAAAAAAGUUCAAAUCUUUCCAGCUAGAUACAUCAUUGGUUUCAAUGCUAUUUAAAAGUGAAUUUACUAACCUCUCUUUUCUUCUGUAUUUACACGAGAAAGAUUAUUUUAAUCCUAUAAGUUCGUGUUUCUAAAGUAAGGUCAUGCAUGUAGUGUGAGAAAGAAAACAAUAAUUUAAUCCAGACGGUUAAUGCUAAAGAUCUUGUUCCAUUGCUAAAAGGGCAUCUUAAUCCCAAAAAUCUGAGCUUCAAAUGUUUAAUCUCACUUUCAUGAAGAAAAGUUCUUGUUAAUGCCCGAAGUUAACAUUAAAAGUGAUUUGUAAUCUCGUUUUUUCAUAUUAUUCUAUUGUAUGAUCUUUAUUUUAUACCAGAGGUCAGUGCUUAAAGUUUUUUCAUAAUAUUUUUUCUCAUCUGUAAUUAUGCAAGAAAAACUGAGUCUUAAAUCAAAGAGGAAGCACAAGAAUUUGAUGCCUCGUUUACUGCUCAUAGUUCCGUCAGAAACACUAAGUUUUAUACUUGAAAGUAAAUUUCAGAAUUAUUCUAUAGCUUUGUUUCAUGUAUAUAAUCCCACCAGAAGAGCAGUUAUCAGAUGUGAGCGAAAUAACACUCCAUAAACCCCACUUUCCCCACAAACACUUCCGAACGAAUACUUGCAUCUUUAAUUAGGAAAGUAGUACUGAAGUUGAUUUCCGAAAUUUUCAGAAAGAAUAACAUUGGACUUGAAUGUAAACUUCAAGUUUAACGUGUUCUUAAAAUUUGUUCCAUAGUUAUACCUGAAAAGCUAUGACUUUGAUUCGGACAUUGAGAUAAAGUCUAUAUGUCCUUUAUUGAUAGCUGAGUACAUUGUUAAUCGAUUUAUUUGCAAUAUCUUUAAUAAAAGUUUAUUCCUUUUGUUUUGUGUAGAGUGUGACUUCCCGUUUCACUAAAACGAAAUCAACCUCUUCUUGCGUGAUGGAAUAAUACAAAUGAACUGAUUUUUUUCAACAAAUAUUGGGUUAUCAUAAUUAAUAGUAUGAUGAAAAACCUAACAUCAUGUGCACCGUCAAGCAAGAACAGGCUGAGACUCAAUAAAAAUGUUUUAGUCAUUAGAUUUCUUCAAUCUUACAUUUAUACUUUCUUGUGUCACUAACCAUGUAAGUUGUUGAAGAUUCUGUGUUUUACUUCAUUAAAUAGAUAAUGUUUACGAAUAUCAAAAACACUUUAAAUUAUAUCUGGUAUCUGCGAAAAGCGAAAUAAAAAUGUAAUUGAAAAGGUUAAUUUUCAAGCAUAAUUUAUUAUUUCACAUUGAAUUACAUUAAUAGGGGUAUCAGUAUGAGAACAAUUACCCAUAAUUCUUUAUUAAACUAGUUACUCUCGUGCAUAGUACACAAAAUUUGUGAAAACAUCCUGAAUAAUAUCUUUAGACCUUUUUGAUUAAAAUAAAAAACAACUAAUAAGGACGAUAGUUUUGCUACUAGUCAACAGAGUAUCUUAUUCUAAGUCUUUAGAAUGAAAUAAAAACAGUUUGACAAUUUGUGUUCUCUGUCAUUAGCCAAAGCGCUUGUACAACCUGAUAAACUGUGUAAAUAAUAAAACGCUUAAUUGUACAUAUAAAGCUAAUAGGUUUUCCGGUUAAGUUGCUCUUAAUUCAGUGUAUCUUACUUGGUAUGUAUGUAUAUGCUCAUAUCUCUUAGUCUCAUAUUUAUGUACGGAUUACGAACGCUGAUUCGUGGAUGUAAAUGGUAUGUGUCUGUAUAUAAAAAAUUAAAAUUAUAUCACAUAUGAAUAUAUAUGUCUUAAAUUCAACAUUUUAUCUCUCUAAAUAUUAGAUAAUUUUUAAAUACAAAUACUCAGUUCCUAACAAAUAUCAAGAGAUCGUACUUAGAUUUUAUGCUGUAUCUAUAAUAGAACAUUACUUUUCUGUCUGUAUGUGCAUCAUUUACAUAAUAUAUGUAUAUACAAACCCUUAACAACGUCUAAAAAACGUUUGUACUUAUAUACAUAUUUGGAAUUACCAGAAUGAUUGAAUCAUUGCAAUAGAAAAUUGGUUCGUAUAUUUAUGACUAUCUUUCUCUAUAUAUCACAUACGUGAUUUUGAGUAAAUAAGAGCGGUACUUACGUGUACAUUUGUAUACCGACUUUCGAUUACUUUUAAUCUACUUUCACUAGUUAUAUUUUAGUUGUAUUUUUGUCACACCAGGAGCUUAUGCUUUUGGCAAAUAUCUAGUUUGAAUUUUAACUUUUUUUGCAUUCCCGAUAUGUUAUUUUCUGAUUAUAACUUAACCAUAACUUCAAUGCAUAGUCAAAAAAUUCAAUCCAGAAUGACAAAAGAUAGUUAGCAUUUGUGCAAUGAGUGUUGUUUUUUUUCUAAUUUUUUAUCAAUAAAAUUUUGUUCUAUUGGGAGACUAUAACUGAAUAUGUUUGAAUAACUCAAAACUAAAUUACUUCGUUGCUUAUACCAUAUCAUUAAUACUGUUAUUGAUUGGCGAUGUUUCUUACAUACAUCUAAGUUGCGUUAAUUUGUUUCAGUUAUCAUACAUUUUAUCACUAUAUACAAUAUGGAGUUAAAAGAUAAUUUGUUCAGUGUAUGCAAGUAAUUGUGAACAUGAAGUUAUAAAAUUUAUUUUUCUGUAUAAAAAUAUACUGAAACUGCUUAUGGAUAUGAAAAUAUAUGUCAUUACCACAUUAGUAAUAUUGUUUUGAAACUUAAAAUAACUCAAUGGGUCAUUUUUUACGAUGAAUUCAGUGCUAGCUUUAAUUUAACAAGAACAGCACGAUCAAUUGGAAUUUACUGGUAUAUUAUUUUAUACUAAACAAUUUUUCAACUGUGAAACUCUUUCACGUUCUUAUGUUCUCCAAAAGAAAAAUAAAUACGUAGCAUUAUUUUAGAUAAUAAGAGGUCUAAGCUCCUCUUUGUGAUUUUCUUUCUUUCUUUAGUUUUUAAUCUAUGAGAGCUCUGAAUAACAUAGCCACCGCAACCUAAGGUGGUAAAUGCCAAACUCAAUGUCAGCUAGUGUGCUAUGUAAACCCUCGAUGUGUUGCUUUGUUUUUAUUUGUAUAAAAUGUGAAAUUCUCCAUAAAUGGCUCUUACAUUUAUACAAUGUGCUCCAUUCAAAAUGUCUGAGCACCCGCUUUUUAUUAGAAAAUAUAGUUGUAUAUCUUCUUUGUUGUUGUUUUGUUUUUGUA